UACACAAUCGGCCAUUUUGUCGGUGCAGGCCAUCAGCCGCAGAGGGCAGAGGGGCGUAUAGUAUUUACUAGUUACCUGGAAGACACAUCAAGAACAUCGCAAUAUGAACGAUACACUUGUUUCAUUCGCCAAGGAUUUCUUGGCCGGUGGUAUUUCUGCUGCCAUCUCCAAAACAGCCGUCGCCCCUAUUGAGAGAGUGAAGCUUCUCCUUCAGGUCCAGCAUGCCAGUAAGCAGAUCACAGCUGAUAAGCAGUACAAGGGUAUCAUGGACUGCGUUGUCCGUAUUCCCAAGGAGCAGGGAUUCCUUUCCUUCUGGAGAGGUAACCUUGCCAAUGUCAUCAGAUAUUUCCCCACCCAGGCCCUCAACUUUGCCUUCAAGGACAAGUACAAGAAGGUCUUCCUUGAUGGCGUCGACAAGCGCACGCAGUUCUGGAGGUACUUUGCUGGCAACCUGGCCUCUGGUGGUGCUGCUGGAGCCACCUCCCUCUGUUUCGUCUACCCCCUUGACUUCGCCCGUACCCGUCUGGCAGCUGAUGUGGGAAAGGCAGGAGCCGGGAGAGAGUUCUCAGGUCUGGGUGACUGCCUGGUUAAGAUCUUCAAGUCUGACGGCUUGAAAGGAUUGUACCAGGGCUUCAAUGUGUCUGUGCAGGGCAUCAUUAUCUACAGGGCUGCAUACUUCGGCAUCUAUGAUACAGCUAAGGGAAUGCUUCCAGACCCCAAAAACACCCACAUUGUGGUGAGCUGGAUGAUCGCACAGUCUGUGACAGCCGUUGCUGGCCUGACCUCAUACCCCUUCGAUACUGUCCGUAGACGUAUGAUGAUGCAGUCCGGACGUAAAGGAGCUGAAAUCAUGUACACCGGGACCAUUGAUUGCUGGCGCAAGAUCGCACGCGAUGAGGGUGGUAAGGCUUUCUUCAAGGGAGCCUGGUCCAACGUGCUCAGAGGCAUGGGUGGCGCCUUCGUGCUGGUGUUGUACGAUGAGCUGAAGAAGGUCCUCUAAAUCUUCAUUGUCACAUCACUGUCCAAUUUGGCUAAAUGUAAUAACUUUCCAUUUCUACGGACUCUGCGUUCUGCCUUAUUUAUGGGAACAAACUUCUCACCAAUAGUGAGAGAUGGCUGUACGUUGUGCAUCUUUGAUUUUAAAACGUUCCACACCCUGUUUACCAAUGUCAUUCCUGUUUAAAAAGAAAUAUGAUACCUCCUCCUGUCAUUCACUAGGUUUGUAUGGUCCCAACUUGAAUAAAUUUAUUCUGGGGAACAAACUAAACAAU